GGAGAGCUUGCCACAUAGAGUGAGAAUAGAAGUGACAAAGUAAAAUUUAAGUAAAUUGAUGCGAAUAUUUUACAAAUGAUAUUAAAAGAGAAGGCAAAAGGGUGGAGUGAGCUAGAGUGAGAUGAUUAGAGAGAGAAAUGCGGGCGUAUGAAAGCAGACAAAAAUAAGGCUACUAAUAAUGUGUACGUAUAUAUGCAGUUGGCCAAUAGUAUUUAUGCAUGCAAUUUAAGUCUGCCCAUGAAAAUCACAAUUAUGACUGUGUUUUUUGUUCCUUUAUGGGGAUGUUUUUCUUUCAACCAUAUAUUGUCAUUGCCCCCCAACCCCACCCAUCACCCAUCAAGUUUAAUUAGGCAGCUUUUUCAUAACAUUAGCUGAUGAAGAUGUUUGUUGAACUUGAGAGAGGAGAGUGGGCUUUUUGAAAGAGCUCAACAAAGAUGCUUUCCCUUUGAUUUUAUUUCUUUUUAUUGUACUGUAUAUUCUAUAAUGCUCACCGACAUUGACCUCUCCUCCCUGCCGGAGCCCUCCUUCUCCUUCUGCGACACCACCAAGCGCAAGCGCCGCCCUGCCGGAACCCCAGAUCCGGAUGCGGAGGUGGUGUCGCUGUCGCCGAAGACGCUGAUGGAGUCGGACCGGUACGUGUGCGAGAUCUGCAACCAAGGGUUCCAGCGGGAUCAGAACCUGCAGAUGCACAGGAGGAGGCAUAAGGUGCCGUGGAAGCUGCUGAAGAGGGAGACGCCGGUGGUGCGUAAGCGCGUGUUCGUGUGCCCGGAGCCAAGCUGCCUUCACCACAACCCCUGCCACGCCCUGGGCGACCUCGUCGGGAUCAAGAAGCACUUCCGCCGCAAGCACAGCAACCACAAGCAGUGGGUUUGCCAUAAGUGCUCCAAAGGCUACGCUGUUCAGUCCGACUACAAGGCCCACCUCAAGACCUGCGGCACCCGCGGCCACUCCUGCGACUGCGGCCGUGUCUUCUCCAGGGUGGAAAGUUUCAUCGAGCAUCAAGAUGCUUGCAGCAUGGGGCGCAUUCACCCGCCGCCGCCGUGCUUAUCGCGGACGGCGUCGAGCCCUAGCCCCUCCAGCGACACCAAUCUCAGCGCCGCACCAUGGCAGGCGGCGCUCGCCUUGCCCAGUAUGCGGGAAGUAUGCGGCAGCUCCCGUCCCCCAAACCUCCAACUCCAGCUCCUCGCCAACAAGCUCGAUGAGGACCACUCGACUCAGCUGCAGCUCUCGAUCGGCUCGUCCGAGAUCACCGGCGACAAAUCAGAGGCUGAGAUCAACGGCGUGGUCAGCCGGUUCUCUCCGCGGGAGAGCGGCACGGCCGGCGAGAUGAAUGAGCAGCUGCGGGUCGCGGUGGAGGAGAAGACCUACGCGGAGGAGGCGCGGCAGAUGGCGAGGCGGCAGAUGGAAGCGGCGGAGCAUGAGUUCGCCAGCGCAAAACGGAUCCGGAAGACGGCUCAGGCGGAGCUCCAGAAGGCGCAGGCGCUCAGAGACCACGCCACCAAGAAAAUCAACGCCUCCAUGCUCGAGAUCACGUGCCAUUCCUGCAAAUCGAAAUUCCAGCAAGCGUUGUUUGCGGAGUCGUCGUCUUCGCGUAUUGGAUUGAAUUUCAUCUCGUCUGCGCUCAGAGAUUGGGAAGUCAAGAAAGCCAAUCAAUAAUACUAGUAAUAAUUUUGAGGGAAGCUUUUUGCUCAGGAACAAUAAUGUCAAAUUUAGAGGGCAUUUUCCCUUUUUAUUACCUGUCGAUUUCUAUUCGCAAAAAAGAUGAAAUGUCUAGCCAUUCAUCAGAUUCGCAUUAA